AUGAUAAAUAAUCAUUCAUCACCAAUAGCCUCCCAAAGUCAUCAUCACAAUAAUACCUCUUCAUUCGAACAACAAAAUAGUGCCACCACACCUGUUCAUUAUCAAAGUAAUUGUAAUAACAUUCAUUCGGAAGCUUUGUCUUCAUCACCCAAUUCAUGCUCAUCGACGACAACCAAUAGAAAAAAGUCUAUCGGAUCAACUUCAACAGAACAAGUAUUUGCAACUAAUAUAAUAACAACACCAACACGACAACAGGCUAUUAUUAUUGCCACAAAUUUUAAUGAGGAUGAUAGCAGCUAUACCCGAAGUGAGAGUAGUGACAAUAUUGUUGUAGAUGUGGAUAAUAUUAUUGUGGAUACUCUGGACCCAAGACAGCCAGUAGAUGAUGAUAAUUUAUUGGCCACUACAAUUCAUGAAUUACCUACCUCUCUAAGGAUUCCUUCAUCUCAUCAAAUUUCAAAUCUUCAAAAUCAAAACAUGUAUACUAUUCCACCAACAACUAACUCGACCGAUUUUGCAACUACCAUAAUUGUAAACAAUUCUUCACCAAAUCAUCAACCAAAUGAAACUACUAAUCAUAUUAUUGAGCUGGACAGAUUACCAAAUCCUCCAAAAAGAGCUCACCCAACUCACCCUUCAAUUUAUAGGCAAACCAAUGAAAAUUUUCUCCUUACAAUUUAUUCGGAAUUAAUCUAUUGGGGAAAGGCAAUAGCUGUUGGUCACAGAGAUAACCCUCACUCGAAUAAUGAACACUUUAUCAGAUCUAUACCCUAUCUUUCCGAAUAUCCUCAUCACGAUACAAUUCCGAAACAAUAUCCAAGGAGUUCUACCAAUUUUCAUCUGUUACUUGCUGACAUGCUCCAUAUAAUAUUAGGUUUUUUGGAUUGUGCUUCAAUAUUACGAUUUUCUAGGUGUACUACCUAUUACUAUCACAUUUCACAUGCUAAUGCACUGUGGGAUGAGUAUAUUUAUCUCGAGUGUUAUAUCAAAUUUUCAAAAAUUACUCUACCUGAAAGAUUUGCAAACCUGUACAAUACCAAACCAGAGAGAAGACGAGAGCUACUCCAAAACAUUGAUACUGAUGAAAAUGCUGAUUUAGAUUUUCGUCAAAAAAGGCUUUUGAAUGCCAUCGACAAAUUCUUGACAUUCUAUCAGCCCUCAAAAGAAGAAUCACUCUAUAACAAGUAUUCUGAACUGAAAAAUGAAUAUCAACAAAAACUAGUCAUUCCUCACUCGAGAGAAAUUGUAGCCAUUGAAAAUAGUGACCACGAAAUAACCAUCAGAGAGGUUGAAGAAGAAAUGGACGAAGAAGAAGCAGAAGCCAACCAAAGUGCUGAUGAAUCCAUCAAUAUUGAGACAGACUAUGAUGAAGAUAUCAAUCACUUUUUUGAAACUUUAAAUAGUGUUUUUAGAAGAGACGAGCACAGCCAAAACUUGCAAAGUAUUAGAACAACAAUUUCUCGAGAGGAUUCCUCAAAAAGUAAUAACAGUAGUAAUAGAAGGAAUAGUUUCAUGGUGGAUGAAAGCUCCAAUAUUCCUGUUCCAAUAAUUAUUAAUAGAGCCUCUACUGACAUGCCAUCAACACCAGUUCAGAUAGGCAGCAAUGCCACUGCCUUUAAAACAGAUCUGGUCAUUCCAAAUAAGCAUUUCAGUAUCACAUCUGAACAGUUGGAGAAUGUUAAAAUUUGCCCACCAGAAGAAGAACAACCUCAAGUCUCCUGGUUUGUCAGGUGUAAGGAAACCAUCUCACAAUACUAUAAGAACUUUUCAGCAGAGGCAACCACCAAGAGAAAAGCAGCAUCAUCUCACGUAAGACAUGCUAGAAGUGCUGUCGAUAGAUAUUAUUCAUCUUACUGUAUUUUCAGACAAGAGAAAAUAAGAAACCCAUUCAUUAGAAGUAGACUGAUGAAGCUCUAUAUUAAUCAAAUCAAGAGACGUUACAGACCAAUUACCAGAUGGAUCAACCAUGUGAAAAUGAGUUCUUGGCUCUUACUAACCAUCUUUGCAGUUCUCUUAUUCUUGAAAUUGGAUGAAUACAUUAAUUGGCCAUGGUUUGUUGUUUUUGCUCCAGUGCUUGGUUCCAGUUGUUUAUCCAUCCUGAUUUCUUUAUUAGUUUGGACUCCAACCAUUGGUUGGCCAAUUGUGCUCUAUCGAUGGGUUUCAGGAGAUGCUGUUGGAUUCUGGACAGCCUAUGCCUACUGUUUAACACCCAGAGGUAGAAUUGUUCAGCUUAUAGUUGCAAUCCUGCUGGCCCUAACACCUUGUUGUACCUUUUUCAUUUCACUAUUCCCCGAUGUUCCCCAGUAUUUACCUUGCAUUAUUGUGGCAGCUGCUUGUCUCAUUUGGAUGUACACUUGCACACAGAUUAUUUACAAAACCGGAAAGAGAGUCUAUCCUUAUUUACUUUUCCUUGUUUGGCUUGGAAUGGGAAUGUUUUGUGGAGCGAUUAUUUUGAAAUUUGCCAUUCCAUUCUUUACAGCUAAUGUAAAAUGGUAUUUAAUUUGCUCUCCACUGUACAUUGUAGUAAUUUUGAUUAUCAUUUAUCAAAUCAAACUUUCCAUCGAUUUGAGCGCAGCCUCAUCCAAGACCUGUGUGGGUCUUAUAUGGUCAAUGACAUUCUUUGGUUUCAUGUCAGUAAUUGUCCUCACAAUGGUACUUCUUAUUUUAAGAAUUGAUGAAAUUGUGAAAUGGCAGUAUACCUUAAUAUUUACUCCUGGAUUCUUAAUUUUUCUAAUUGGAUUAAUGUACUAUUCUGUCAGGGCAUUUACAAGCAAGCUUUCUCCAACCAUUCUCAAAAAUCCAUUCUCCCUUUUCACUAAUGGUAUGAAAAAUAAUGCUGAUAUGGAUACUUAUAUUUUGUAGUAGAUCCAUAAACACUUUCACUUUCGAAUUUGAAAGUUAUUG